AUGGAGGUCUAUGUAGAUGACAUGGUCGCAAAAACACCUAUGCAGAGGUCCCACUGUGACGACUUAGUAGAAAUCUUCAGACAACUCCGAGCAUAUAACAUGAGACUUAAUCCAGACAAAUGCGCGUUCGGAGUGCAAGGAGGGAAGUUCCUGGGAUUCAUGUUAACAUCUCGAGGCAUCGAGGCCAACCCGGAAAAGUGCAAGGCCGUGCUGAACAUGACAAGCCCAAAAACGGUAAAGGAGGUUCAGCAACUUGCAGGACGAAUAGCUGCCCUGUCACGUUUCCUACUUGCAGUGGCAAACCGAUCUUAUCACUUUUUCCAGACAUUCUCUAAAGGAAGGAAGUUCAACUGGACAGACGAAUGCGAAAAUGCUUUUACCGAACUUAAACUACACUUAACAUCACCACCAAUCCUCCAAAGACCAGAGACAGGUAAGCCGCUGUAUUUAUACCUAUCCGUAUCCAACCAUGCUGUAAGCUCGGUUUUAGUAACAGAAACAGGAAGAAAGCAAAACCCAGUAUACUUCAUCAGUAGGGUACUACAACCAACAGAAACAAGGUACCCGAAGAUAGAACAACUGGCGCUGGCACUAAUCACCACAGCAAGAAGACUACGGCACUACUUUCAAAGCCACACAAUCGUGGUACGAACAAACCAACCGCUAAGACAGAUAUUAACCAAACCCGAGCUCGCCGGCAGAUUAAUAAAAUGGUCGGUCGACCUCUCCGAGUUCGACAUUCAGUACGAAUCAAGGAAAACGCUGAAGUCACAGGUGCUAGCCGACUUUAUAUCAGAGAUGACCAAUGACACACAUAAUACAGAAGUCAGUUGGAGCAUACAUGUGGAUGGAGCGUCCAACAAAGAAGGCAGUGGAGCUGGGAUACUACUCAAGGAAGGAAACAAAGUGGUGGCUGAGCAAUCACUGCAGUUCUGCUUCAACGCAAGCAAUAAUCAAGCGGAAUACGAAGCCCUACUCGCUGGACUAAAGCUCGCCCUACAACUACAGAUACCUCGGAUAACAGCGUACUGCGACUCUUCAUUAGUGGUACAUCAAGUAAAGGGCGAAUUCCAGGUAAAAGAUCCUUUGUUAGAGAAAUACUGGCUCAUAACAAAGGGUCUAAUUUCAAAAUUUAAAGAAUUUGAUAUUAUCCAUGUAAACCGAGAACAAAACACCAGGGCCGAUGUGUUAUCUAAGUUAGCCACAACUCGGCAAGCCGAAAACACAUCGGCACUGUCCCAGCUAACACUUAACAAACCAAGUUUUGAGCAGGAUACGAUUCUAAGUAUUACACAGGUCCCAGAUUGGCGAACACCUUUUCUCGAUUACAUCAAUACAGGCACCAUUCCAAAAGGUGAGCCAAACUUGCCGCUCUUCAGAAGAAGAGCAAGCUUCUAUACAACGCUCGGAAACACCUUAUAUAGGCGAGGACAUUCACAACCACUGCUCAAGUGCAUCAGCAAAGAGGAAGCCGAGGAGGUUAUGGCUGAAACGCAUGAAGGAGUCUGUGGCAACCAUAUCGGCGGCCGAGCAUUAGCAGCAAAGAUCUUGCGAACAGGAUACUAUUGGCCGACGAUAAAACUGGACUGCAUCACAAAAGUCAAAGCAUGUGAUAAUUGUCAAAAGCAUGCCACCCUCUCAGAGACCCCAGCCGAAGAGCUCCAUACCAUAGAGGUAAGCUGGCCUUUCGAUAGGUGGGGAUUGGAUAUCCUCGGACCCUUUCCGAAAGCGCCAGGCCAGGUAAAGUUCCUCUUAGUGUCAAUUGAUUAUUUCUCCAAGUGGAUAGAAGCACAACCACUAGCACACAUAACAUCAGAAAAAGUGCGAUCUUUUCUAUGGAAAAAUAUCAUAUGCAGAUUCGGUAUCCCAAGAGAAAUAAUCUCAGAUAACGGAAGACAAUUUACAGACCAUAAGCUCGCCACCUUUCUGACAAACUUUAACAUCAAACAUCACUUCAGCUCAGUAGAGCACCCGCAGACUAACGGACAAGUUGAAUCAGCUAACAGAAUUAUAUUGCAGGGAUUAAAGAAAAAGCUCGGCGAAGCUAAAGGAGAGUGGGCCGACCUCAUCCCAGAAAUCCUAUGGGGUUACAACACCACCAUCCAAUCUGCCACAGGGGAAACUCCCUUCAAGUUGGUAUAUGGUGCAGAAGCUCUCAUUCCAAUAGAGGUCAGCGUCCCAACAUUAAGGGCGGAGCUCUAUAAUCAAGCAAACAAUCAACAAGCUCGGAUGGCCGAAUUGGACCUUGUAGAAGAAGACAGAGACAUCUCUGCCAUAAAGCAGCGAGCCAGAAAGCGCUACCUAGAGCAGAGACACCAUAAAAGAGUAGUUCACAGAUCUUUCAACAAUGGAGACCUUGUACUUAGACGAACAGAAGAUGCACGGAAACCUUCCUCACAUGGCAAAUUAGCAGCAAAUUGGGAAGGACCUUUCCGAGUCCUUCAAAACCUCGGAAAGGGGGCUUACAAAUUAGAAACCCUUAGAGGAGAGCAACUUCCGGGAACAUGGAACGUCUCCUCUCUAAGGGAAUAUCAAUCGUGA